CGCGUGCUGAAACCCUAGCCGCCGAGGAGCCGACGAUGUCGGACCCUUACAACCCGUACUACCGUGGAGCCUUCCCAGGCGGCGACGGUGCGCCGCCGCCGCUGCCGCCUUACUCGGACUUUGAUGUCGACCUCGUCGCGACCCGUUACACCGGCACCCCACGGUCUCAUCCAUCCUCUGCCGACGUCGGCGCCUUCGAAUCGCAUCUCGGCGCGAGACGAUUCGCGGAAGUUCUCUAUCAGUACCACCAAUCUUGUAUGGGAAGUCAUAGUACUGUUGGCCAGAGUGAGACUUUAUAUUCAUCAAUUACUAUGGCUAAGCGCCCUAGGCUUGAAAGCAGCCUUCCUAUAUAUCCACAACGACCGGGGCAAAAGGACUGUGCCUUCUAUAUGAGCACUGGAACCUGUAAGUAUGGAGAGACUUGCAAAUUUGACCAUCCACAAUGGGUUCCAGAGGGUGGGGUUCCAAACUGGAAAGAGGUCCUGAAUGAUGAGGAUUAUUAUCCUGAGCGACCAGGGGAACCAGAUUGUCCUUAUUUAUUGAGUAGUAGAUGUAAGUUUAAAUCUAAAUGCAAGUUCAACCAUCCAAAGGAAAUGGUGAACGCAUUAGGAACAAGAACAGACAAUGAAUCACUAAUCGCUGAUACCACUAUCUUACCAGUGAGGCCUUCUGAACCCGUUUGUUCGUUCUAUGCAAAAACAGGCAAAUGUAAAUUUGGUGCCGUUUGCAAGUUCAAUCACCCAAAGCUAGAAGAUAUUAAGACACCAUCUUUGAUUGCAAAGGAAACCAUAUAUAGAGCAACAACUGAUGCAGCAGCGCACAUUGGUGGGACAGAUGAUUCUGUUCCAGCAAAGACACAUGCACCAAUUGCCCCAGCCGAGGCACAUAAUGCAAAGGGGCUUCCAAUAAGACCAGGUGAAGUGGAUUGCUCGUUUUAUAUGAAGACAGGCAGCUGCAAAUAUGGUUCUAUUUGUCGCUUCAAUCAUCCUGAUCGGUCAGUUGUGGAUAUAGCUUUUAUGGCUCCAGUUCAAGCUACUCUUCCUUUUCCAGCACCCAUUGUCCCUGCAGUGGCGUUAAAUCCGGCUGCAAAUUUUCUGCAAAGCUUUGAUUUCCAUGCAACUCACGUGCCGGUUGAGCCUAUGCCAAUGAUCUAUCCUCAAAGACCUGGAGAAAUUGUUUGUGAUUUUUACAUGAAGACAGGAUCUUGCAAGUAUGCUCAGAAUUGCAAGUUUCACCACCCUUUUGACCGGUCUGCACCUCAUUCCAAAGAAAACGAGGAUACACAGCAGCCUGUGGCACUUACUCUUGCUGGCCUUCCAAGGAGAGAGGAUGCUGAGGCCUGUGCCUUCUACAUGAGGUCUGGCACGUGCGGGUUCGGUGCGCGCUGCAAGUUCGACCACCCUCCUCGCCAGGACGAUGUCUAAUACGGUGUACUCCCUCCGUUUCGUUUUAGUUGUCGCUGGAUAGUACAAAAUUGAACUAUCCAGCGACAACUAAAAAAACGGAGGAAGUAUCCUGUAUCAGGAUGUGGUACCAUGCGAAUCGCACUGUUAAUGCUUGAUGCUGUCACUGCCAUGGUGGGAGCCUGACUUGUAAAGUUCAGUAUCACCGGAAGUGUUUGUCGGCGCGUGCUGGUACUAACGGUGUACCUUCGGCGGUUGGAUGGUGUCAAGAGUAAAAAUACACCGCCUGUUCUCAAACUUUGACUGGAUGCUAAUCUCCAAAAUGUGAGAACCAAGUUACCGU